UACAGAAUUAACGACCUUAUCAACUCCACGUGGUGAGGUAAGCUGUUUAGGUAGCUAAUUCACCUCUUCAGCACAAUACACAGCCCUAAACUUGACUGUGGAGACCAUGGAAUCAGAUGGGAUCUUCUCUUCAAUGGAGGCUGUCAAAGCCUUUGUGAAACACUACACUACAGCAAGUUCAUCAGCUAGAGAGAAGCUCUUGUCUGACCUCACCCUGGCUGCAGCUUCUAAGGAGCUGCCAGUACCAGUAGUCAAGCUGACAGUGAUCACACUCUGCAGUACUCUGUUUAGAUACAACGAGAAAGGGUCCAAGGUUGCCGUAGAGGAAGCACUGGAAGAGCUGUGCGAUGUGCACGGUGCUGUUGCCAUGGAUGCACUCUCAGCUGGCCUGGCUGAUAGCUCCAAGUAUUUCAAGGGAGGUGUAACAAGUUCGUCGCUAGCCAAGUGCGCGUUAGCUGCUCUCAACUGGUCCUGUAUUCUCAUUGGAUGUUCUGAUACUGUUAAAGAACCUGUUCUACAAAACCAGGCUAUAUUCAUGUCAGCCAUCCCCAGCUCUCUGAAAAGAAUCUGGGAAGCAGCUGUCAAGAAACUCAUCGCUCUAUGGAGUAGCAAACCAAACUUUGCUAGGAACACUCUCUCAAUUCUUAUCAGUGGAGAAGCGUCUCUGUUUUCAUUGAGCUUAUUAGCUGUUUUGGUCGACUUCCUCAGUAAAAAUGGUGGUAUUGAAGCAAAGGAACAAGAGGGGAUGCUCUCGCUGUUCAGCAAGGUGGUUCUCUCGGCACGGAGUAAGCCCCUGCAAUUAAUCAUCGAGUCCUCUGGCCCCAUUUUCAAGCACACCUCUAGAGCUCAGUUCUCCAGCUUGCUGUUGCCUGGCACUCUAAAGUGCUUGCUUAGGAACCCAGAUGAACUGCUUGAAGCUGUUGCGUUCAUGGUAUCGGCCCUCCCCAUCGACUUCAGUGAGUACGCUAACAACAUCCUCAAGAACACCAUCGGGCAUCUCAGCUCCAACCACGCCACCACAAGAGCGGAUGCUCUAAACUUGGUGAAGGCUCUGGCCUCUCAGUGCAGCGACUCAGGCCCAGUGAAAGAUAUGGCCAAGCAGCUGUUUGUAGCUCUCAAAGCCAGUCCGAGUGGCAAGCUGACAAUGACCGAGCACCGCUCCAGUGUCCUGUCGGCCAUUGAAACUCUUUCCCACUGCCCCCUCUCCUCGUCUGGCAUGACAGACCUGGGCACGGCCGUGGCAGAGGGACUCGUGAUACACGUCAAACAGGAAGUCAACACAGGCAUAGCAGUGGCAGCUGCCAGUGUCCUCCGAGUGUGGUGCCCCCACCUGGUGGAGACCACACCCAAAGCUCUCACUGAUCUAUUGAAGGGAGGAUUGACAGGCAAGUCCACGCCCUCUCUACUCCGUGCAGUCUACCUCCGUUGCGUGCUGGCCCUCUCCCAACCUGAAGAUAGUGCUCACACCGCCAUCUUCUCUCCCCUUGUCAAGCAGAGUUUGGAACGAGUGUUCAGCUCGUCCUCUCCGCAGCCAGCUGCUCUAGAGGAGGCUCUUGUAGCCUGUCAUGUGCUAAUUAGCAUCAGUCGCCCUAAGGGUGUCCCCGCUGAGGUGUGGGGAGUUGCCGGGUCGCAUUGCGAGCAGCUGGUGUCUAAUAAACUCAUUACAACUGCCACUCAAGACAGUCUCGACAUGCUAGUGAGUGUGACACGUGCCCUUCUCACGAGUGAGGAGGACAACUUGAAGAAGACGCAGAAGAGGGAUUGGUUGAGUGGGGUGGUACGUGCAAUGCCUCACUCCUCCUGGCAAACACAGAAGGCAGCAGUCUCUUGUUUCACCGCUGCCGUGGAAACUCACCCUGACCUUGCUUACACGCUGCUGGAUAUCCUAGAGAGUACUGUAGGAAAGGGAGAGUACCCUCCGAGAAUGCUGGUGUCAGCAGUCUUAAGUUUGACCACACCCACUCCUCCUAAGAGGGAGGACCUUGCCAUACGCACCCUCCUCAUCACUCACCACCCCGCAAUUACUCCAACAAACCCUGGUGGCUGGCAAAAGGUCAUCUCUAGGUUGAAGCUUGACCCCAGUGACCUUUUGUCACAGCACACCUCUGACCUGUUGCAUGCAAUCCACGAGGGCAUGACCGAACAGAAAGAUGCUUCUAGGAGUGCGUUACUUACCCUGUUGAAAUAUGAGGCUGCGAUCAUCGUGCCAAAGAUUGUCGAUAACUUGUGUGAGUUGCUAGGCAACACGGAUUUGCUGGGAGUGACAGAAGAGAUGAUGGAGAUAAUGUACACACCUCAGGGGCAGUUGUGGCACCAGGGUCUGCUCAAGGAAAUGCAGACCUCUCUGGAAGGGGGUGUGGAUCUGACCAACUUGAAGCGGGAGUCCAAAGUGUACAGCUACGAGGACCAGAAAUGGGAGGCGGAGCUUCGUCGAGAGCAGCUGGCCAAGAAACGAGCGGCCAUGGCCGAGUGGGAUGGUGACGUGCGGACUAUGAUGAAACAGGCAAAGCUCGGUCAGAAACGCCAGGAAGCUGUGGAAGAGCAGCUUCGGUACGAGGAGAUCACUCGAAACAAAAUGAACAAGCUCAACCAGGAGUUGACCAACAUGGUAAUUGCUGUAGAAACAGCGGAGGGUGUUGCCCUCAUCAAUCAGACGAACAGACUGUGUAGGGCCAUUCUGUCUGCGUUACCCCUCCCCUUAGCCAGGGGGCAUUGCUGGAAGCUGUGGGGGGUCUUAGUGCACUCGGUGUUCACAGAGUGGAGGACUGCUCAACUUUUUGUCGAGACAUCGCUUCGUACUUUGACCUCUAAAACUCUGAACCCCACCCUAUCCAAGCUCCUCCCACUUUUGGAGACCACCCAUCACAGUUCUGACUCUGUCCAUUACGCUGCACACACCCUCACACUCCCACUGCUCUCCGUCACGCUGACCAAAUCACGUGGCAAGUCACAUGACCUUCAGGAUAGGGCUGUGCGUAUUCUGUGCAAGUCUGUGACUGAGUUUGUCUCAUCACAAGAAGAAAGUGAGACAGAGAAAGAUGGCUACCCAGCUGUUGAGACACUGCAGCUGCUCUCUGAGGUCAUCUCAACACACGACGAGUCUAUUAGGGCUGCGAAACUGAAGAAACCGUGUGUGGAGGUGUUCAUUCAACUAUUACCGGCUGUCUAUUCGUCCACCCUCACACUCCUCACAGCCUCACUCCUCCACACCUCCCCCCUCCUACGAACAACUGUGCUCCGUGGACUGUGUGAGCUGGGGCCGACCCACCUUCCCACAGGCCCUGCUCUCAUUGUGGCGCUGAUGAUCGCCAGACACGACCCACUAGAGGGAAAUAAGGACCUGGCUGACAAACUAUGGGAGGCUGGUGGCUAUGGCAACACCCUCACGGCAGAGCUGAUGCCCGUCCUUAUUGACCACGCCUCCAGUCCUCAUCUCCACAUGCACACCUCAAUCGCUGAGGCAUCCAGAAUGUGGCUAGAGGCACAGCGAUCACAAGCCAUCACAUUCCUCGAGCAACUCCAAUCCCUCUAUGUUGAGAAGAAAACCACACCCCCUCCAAAAGUGGACGCAUUUGGACGUGAGGUUUUCAUCCAGUAUGUGGACCCGUGGGAGUCUCGUGUUGGCAUAGCGAAGGCAAUGGAACCGAUACCAAAAUUUCUGGAAACUAAAUCGGCCCUCAAAUUCCUCAGGUUUAUUAUACCUGGUGCUCUGUCUGAGUCUAACCCUGAGGUGAGUAAGGCCGUGAUGACAGCUGCACGUGCUGCCAUAGAAACCCACGGGGAGAGUCUGGCCGGAGAGCUCAUGGACCACUUUGAUACUUGCUUGCAGGCUGUUGCUGAUACAAUGGAGGCUGAUGUUGUGAGACAGUCCAUCGUGGUGCUCAUGGGAACCCUCGCUCAGCACAUGGACAAACACAACCCCAAGGUCAAAUCGGUGGUGCACCUGCUCCUCUCUAACCUGGACACACCCUCUCAACAGGUCCAGGAGGCCAUCUCCAGUUGUCUCCAUCCCCUAGCAACUGUCGUCAAGGACACGGCUCAGGAUAUUGUCAAGAAACUCAUGGAAAAGCUGCUUGAGUCCACCAGUUUCAGCCAGCGUAAGGGGGCUGCCUAUGGGAUAGCUGGUCUCGUUAAGGGCCUUGGGAUACCCACCCUCAAACAAUACAACAUCAUGCACGAGCUAAAGGAGGCUAUAAAGAACAAGAAGAAUUACCGUCAUCGUGAGGGGGCGCUCUUGGCAUUCGAGUCGCUAUGCAACCUACUCGGUCGUCUGUUUGAGCCGUACGUGGUACAACUUCUACCGGACCUACUGCUUUGUUUCGGGGACGGCAACCAAUAUGUUAGAGAUGCCACUGAUCAAACUGCCCGUACCAUUAUGGCUCAUUUGAGUAACCAUGGUGUCAAGCUAAUCCUUCCCUCUCUUCUCAAAGCUCUGGAGGAGGACUCAUGGCGGACAAAAGCCGGUAGUGCCGAGCUUCUUGGUGCCAUGGCGUUCUGCGCUCCUAAACAGCUGUCUUCUUGCUUGCCUAGUAUCGUACCCAAGCUUAUCAACGUGUUAGCUGAUUCUCAUGCAAAGGUUCACCAAUCAGGAUGGCAGGCCUUGAGGCAGAUCGGAUCUGUGAUAAAGAACCCGGAGAUCCAGGCACUCGUACCCACUCUACUGGACGCUCUCGCUGACCCCUCCAACAAAUCUCAAAUAUGUCUCCAAUCGCUACUCGAUACGGAGUUCGUUCAUGUUAUCGACCCUCCUUCUCUCGCUCUAAUUAUGCCCACCCUCAAAUGUACGCUGGAGAUACGAUCAACAGACACCAAGAAAAUGGCCGCACAAAUCAUCGGGAACAUGUAUUCCCUCACAGACCAGAAAGAUCUCUCACCUUAUCUUCCGGACGUCCUCCCUGGUUUGAAAACUAGUUUGGUUGAUCCUGUGCCGGAAGUUAGAAGCACGUGUGCUAAAGCCCUAGGAGCAAUGGUACGUGGAAUGGGAGAUGACGGGUUAUCAGAGCUUCUGCCGUGGCUCCAGUCCAUGCUGGUAUCGGACGUGAGUUCUGUGGAUCGGUCUGGUGCUGCCCAAGGCCUCAGCGAAGUGUUGCUGGCACGUGGUGUCGAGUAUCUGCGUCAACUGAUGCCUCAGUUCAUUGCCACCUGUCAAGACAUGAACAAUCCUACGAACGUGAGAGAUGGUUAUCUCAUGCUGUUUGUGUACCUCCCUGUGACCUUUGGAUCCGAGUUUAUCCAGUUCAUAGGAGACGUGAUCCCAUGUAUACUCAAGGGUCUUGCUGAUGAGUCAGAGUUUGUGAGGGACACUGCGCUACAGGCUGGGGGCACCAUCAUCAAUAGAUACGCUGACACAGCAGUCGAGAUCUUCCUGCCUCAACUGGAGAGGGGUCUCUUUGACGACAGCUGGAGGAUCAGGUGCUCCACUGUGCAGCUGCUGGGUGACCUCCUCUACAAGAUCUCUGGACUCAGUGGUAAGAUGAGCACUGAGAGUGAGGAAGACGACAACUUCGGGACGGAAGAGGCCAGACAAACGCUCCUCCAGCUACUGGGCAAGGAACGGAGGGACAGGGUCCUUGCUGGGCUCUAUAUGGGAAGAUCUGAUAUGGCAAUCUUGGUUCGUCAGACCUCCCUUCACGUUUGGAAGGUGGUGGUCACCAACACUGCACGCACCCUCCGAGAAAUCCUUCCCACACUCGUUCAUCUCCUUCUUUCCUGCCUCGCCAGUCGCAGCCAUGACAAGCGGACCAUCGCUGCUCGUACCCUCGGAGAUCUCGUUAGGAAGCUUGGUGAGAGGGUCCUCCCCGAGGUGAUCCCCAUGUUGGAAACGGGGCUCAAGUCAGACGAGCCACAAAAGAGACAGGGUGUGUGUAUUGGACUAUCGGAGAUUGUACAGCACACGUCACGUGACAAUGUUUUGUUGUAUAUCGAGUCACUGUUGCCAACGGUGAGGAGUGGCCUGUGUGAUGAGGACAGUGAUGUCAGGGCAGCUGCUGCUAAGACCUUCGAUAGUCUGCACUCCACUGUUGGUCACCGUAUCCUUGAUGAGAUCCUUACCCCGCUCCUCUCGGACCUGUCCAUCCCUUCCAAGUGUGACCUGGCACUGGACGGCCUGAAACAGGUGAUGGCCGUCAAGAGCAGUGUGGUACUCCCCCACAUAGUGCCCCAGCUGGUGCAGCCUCCCGUCAACACCAAGGCCCUCUCUCUUCUCUCCUCAGUAGCAGGUGAUGCCCUCCACAAGCACCUUGAUCGUAUCAUUCCCGCCCUCAUCACUGCUGUGGCCGAGGCUCCUGACUCCGCCCAUAGUGCAGAGGGGGUGGUGCUGAGUGUCAAGGGAGAACCAGGGCCUUCCCACCUCCUGGAGCAGCUUUUGAAGGGGGCACGGGACACAAAGCUUGAUAGAAGAGAGGCAGCAAUGUCAUUAGUUCAUGUGUUCUGUGAAAAGAGUCCGGCAGAUCUCAGUGAUCAUGUGUCACAGUUGAUUAUAUUCACAACAGAGGCUCUUAACGACCCGAGUGAGAGGGUAUGUGUGGAGGCGUGGUUUGCACUGGAGGCUAUCGUCAAGAGGGUGAACCAGAAGGAGCUCCCCCAUUACACUGGGUACCUGAGGAAGGCUCUCAAGACUGCAGCUGCUAACCUCAUGGGAGACGAGCUGCACGGAUUUGCCAUGAAGGGCAUCACUCCCGCCCUCACCAUCCUCAAGGAGGGUCUUAUCGGUGGGUCACCUGAUGAGAAGGAGGAGGCAGCCAGAGUUCUGGUGGAGGUCAUCCGUCUUGCCUCAUCUAAAACACUCUCCACCGGCAAGGUGGUGAUGUUGAUAGCUGGUCCCCUCAUCAGAGUGCUAGGUGACAGGUAUGGCUGGCACGUCAAGGUGGCCACUCUGGAGGCCCUCGUCCAGCUUGUCAGGAAGGUUGGCACAGCUGCCAAGUCGUUCAUCCCACAGUUGCAGACAUCGUACCUGAAGGCACUCAACGACCCCAACCGCCCGGUGAGGGUGCAGGCGGUGCUCGGACUCACAGAGCUCCUUCCACUCUCAACACGAGUCGAUCCUGUUUUUAAUGACCUACACAAUGGCAUUAAGAAAACAGAGGACCCUGGUCUGCGUCUGACGAUACUGCAAGCCCUGAGGGGUGCCUUGAGGACAGCUGGCUCUCGAAUGAGUGAGAAACAUCGCACUGAGAUCAUGGCCACCUUAGUUAUGCUGCAGACCACUGCUAACGAGGGGCACAGACUAGAGGCUGCCUCGUGUCUCGGCCUCCUCUCCUCCUUCCUCCCCGACGAUGAACUAGAGCAGCUGCUAACCUCGUCCGUCCUCUCCCUUGACAACAGCGCUGACUGGGCCAUAAUGCAGGCCAGGGCCACUGCACUGUCAGCAACACUGGAGGUGGCUACUCAGAGGAUGUUGGAUCUAGGGCUGAAGAGACAGGUGGCAGAGGCGGUGGUUGCUUUGGCAACAUCGGAUAGGGUCCCUGUGUGUGUGAGCGGACUCCAGUGUCUGGGGAGCUUUGUGAACAAGAUGAGCGAUAAUUCUCCCUUCGUGAUCGGAGCUCUCAAAGAGAGUAUGACCCACUCUUCGAGUGACAUCAGAGUGGCAGGGUGUGACGUGUGUGCCUCCCUCUCUUCUCCCUCGGACCCCCUUCUCGUGUCUCUCCUACCCCUCGUCCUACAGUGCUGCCGAGACAAAAAUACUGCUGUCAAGGCAACCGCUGAGAAAGCUGUGUCCAACCUCAUCCAGGGAGAAGCUCACUUGAGACACUGUAUGGGACUCGUGGAGGCUCUGGAUGGAAGCAAGCUGGAAGACAGUUACAAGAAAGUUCAAGCAAAGUUAGCUAGAGAGUUUUGAACAUUAUUUUCAUAGAACAGAAUCAGUAUUACGACUAUACUCCAUUAUGAGCGUUAAGGUAAUAAUUAUAUGGUUUAAAAACUUAAAUUUUAUGGAGUUGUUUAUUGGUGUGA